AUUACACCAAUCCAGGCGCCCGCCGAAACGACCAGCGCAGAUGCCUUUAUGCAGGGGUUCUCAGCUGAUGCCGAAGCCCGAGCACAGCGCCGCGCCAUCGGCGAACGGGAAGGGGCCAAGCUCAAGGACGAGGGCAACGUGGCUUACCGCCAGCAGAAAUGGGCCCGUGCUGAGAAUUUGUACACGCAAGGUUUGCGUGAAUGGCCCGACCACCUGCCCCUCUACACAAACCGGGCCGCGGCGCGCCUCAAGCUGGCUGAUUUUGCCGGCGCUCUCUCUGACUGCGAAUGGGCUCUGCGGUUGCACGACCGACAUGGCAAGGCGCUCUUUCGAAAGGCCCAGGCUUUGGAGGGGCUCGGUCGUUUCGCCGACGCU